AUGGAGAUUUAUGUCGAAAUGGUUGCAAACUUGGGUAAUGGGAGGGAAAUCAUGACUACCAUGGAACUUCCAGAAUCAGGUCCUAGUGUGUACCAUGAAACGUUUAUAGACAUGUUAACAAACCCAAAUGAAGUGAAUGAGCAUAUUUUGAUGAGUUUACUUCUCCAGCUCAAAACACGUUCAUCUCCGGCAGACAUUUUUGGUGAACCUCCAUCAUCAGGUCCAAUAGAUUCAGAAGCUAGUAAUCAUGAAUCCGCAAGUUCAGAAACUCAACUUUCAUCCUCUCCUCAAGAAUCUGAACAAUUAUGUAAAUUAACACACAUCGGUAAACAAGGCGAGGCACAGAUGGUGGAUGUCUCUCUAAAGGAAUCCACCAAGAGAACUACCAUUGCUAGCUGCAAAGUGUUAUUGGGAAAGACGGUGUUUGAUUUGGUCUCAGCAAAUCAGUUAGCCAAGGGAGAUGUUCUUGGUGUGGCAAAAAUUGCAGGAUUAAUUGGGGCAAAGCAGACAAGCAACCUCAUCCCUCUUUGCCAUAACAUUAACCUGUCACUUUUUGUGGUGCUUCUAUAG